AUGCCUCAUCGCGUUGUAGGGCAGCAAAUCGCGGGAAAGUUCUCUUUCCUGGUAUCGCUGGUGAAGUCUUUUGGUCUGGCCCUAGGCUGCAGCGGCCUCAUCUUCGGUCUCGUGUGCUGGGGCGGCUACACGCGCCUCACGCGGAGUGGUCUCUCGAUGACGCAGUGGAGUUUCCAGGGGAAGCAGCUUCCGCAGACUGAAGAGGAGUGGGAAGAUGAGUUCAACCGAUAUAAGAUGACACCCGAGUACAAGCAAGUUCACUAUGGGAUUACUUUGGAGCAGUUCCAGCAGAUUUAUUUCAUUGAGUGGUUCCACCGCAUGUUCGCCAGAACCACGGGUCUGGCAUUUGUUGCGGGGACUGUUGGCUUCGCGCUCGCCGGAGCUCUCACGUCUCGCAUGGCGCUGCGUCUUGCUGAUGGAGAGAUGAGUCGUCACGGUGAGCGGUAUGGGUAUCCUGGGGGAGCUCAGGGACUCGUUGGCUGGUGGAUGGUCAAAAGCGGCUUCAGCGAGCCGACGACUGAAAAUAAGAUGCCCCGGGUGUCGCCUUAUCGACUUGCGUUUCACCUCGUGACCGCCAUGUGCCUCUAUAGCAUUGUCCUCUGGCACGCGCUGUCGCUGCUGUACCCUCCCGCGACAACCGUGUCUAUGGCGGUUGCGCCAGCGGUCGCAGGCGCCGCUCUGAGAAAACUUCGGAGUCGAGCGUGGGGAAUGGCCGCCAUUAUUGGAACGACGCUGUGUUCAGGCGCUUUUGUGGCUGGAAACGACGCCGGUCGCGCCUACAACACCUGGCCAAAAAUGCUCGACCACUGGGUGCCUCCUGAAGUCUACGAGGUGAAGAACAAAUUCAUCAAGGUCUUCGAGUCAACGCCAGUCGUUCAGUUCGACCACCGCAUGCUGGCCUACGCCACUUUGAUUGGAUCGGGCCUUCUGUACUUCACCGGUCGCAGGCUUCCUGUACCGAAAGAAGUGAAUGUAGCAAUGGGAGCUCUCCACGGCACGGCUGCAUUGCAACUGCUCCUUGGAAUCACUACGCUCCUCUGUCUCGUCCCCACUGAGCUCGGUGUCCUACACCAGGCCGGUGGCAUGGCGACGCUGAGCGCCAUGGUGUAUCUGCUUCAGACAAUCUCGAGAGCUUCCAGGUCGCUGCCAAAGUAA